AUGGAGGACAAGUCCAAUGGGACAAAUCAAGGAGGACCGACUCAGAGAGCUUCAGCCUUAGCUGCAUUAAACUCUGCAUUUACUUCACCUUCUGGGGCAAAAUCUGCUGCUGCAUGGAGACCAUCAGGAAGAGGUCAGGGAUCACAGAGAGCUGCAGCAGUAGCAGCUUUAUCAUCAGUUCUUACUGCUGAAAAGAAGCGGUCGCCUGAAGCCUCUCCUGCCCGAUCUAGUAGAAGUCCACCAGCUGAAGCUAGCCAACCUGUUUCUGAGGCUGUGGAUUCUAAUGAAUCUUCAGAAGUUAAGGAUACUGAAAUAGUUGAGCUUGUGUCAGAAACAAAUGGUGAUGAGUCAGAGCCCAAUCCAGGGGCAGAGCAGGAUGAGGAUGGUAGUGAAAGUAGUCAAAGCACGUUUAGUUAUGAACAGCUGAAGGCUAAAUCCAAUAGCCCAGUGACUGGAAUUGAUUUUAAACGAAGAGAGGCUUAUCUCUCUGAUGAGGAAUUCCUGGCUGUACUGGGGAUGACAAAAGAAGCAUUCUAUAAGUUGCCAAAAUGGAAACAAGAUGUCCACAAGAAGAAAGUUGAUCUCUUCUAG